UCCCUCUAUCCACCUCCACAGUCCUGCCACAGUCUGCAGCUGGUCCUCUUCUUGUCUCUUGUUUGAUCCAUCUCUCUGCCAAGGAUGUACAGCCAAAGCAUGAUCGGCAGCAGCGGCCCUGUGAUGCGUUCUUCCAGCCGCAUGUCCUACACCUCCUCUGGCCCAGCCGUGAAGGCCCACAGUAUCUCAGGAUACAGGGCAGCUCCCCGCAUCUCUUCCAGCCAGGUGUACACUGUGUCCUCUGGGUAUGGCGGUGGUAUGGGUGCAGGUUUUGGUAUGGGUGGGGGUUUCGACCUGUCCAACGCCCUGGAUCAGCGCAACAUCCAAAUGAACGAAAAGGCCACUAUGCAGAACCUGAACGACCGUCUGGCCAGCUACCUGGAGAAGGUCAGGUCUUUGGAGGGGGCCAAUGCCAAGCUGGAGAAACAGAUCAGAGAGUACUACGAGAAUAAGGGACCAGCAGCGACGAGGGACUACAGCAACUACUGGGCCACCAUCAAUGACCUGAAAGACAAGAUUGCUGCAGCAACCAUUGCAAAUGCUAACGUCCUCCUCCAGAUUGACAACUCAAAAUUGGCAGCAGAUGACUUCAGGACCAAAUACGAGCACGAACUGAUGAUGCGCCAGUCAGUUGAGGCUGACAUCGCCAACCUGCGCCGUCUCCUGGACCAGACCACCCUCACAAAGGCAGAUCUAGAGAUGCAGAUUGAAGGCUUGCAGGAUGAGCUGGCGUACCUCAAGAAGAACCACGAAGAGGAAUUGGCAGCCCUUCGUUCUCAGCUCACUGGCACAGUCAAUGUGGAGGUGGAUGCUGUGCCCCAGCCAGACCUCACCAAAAUUCUGGAUGAGAUCCGCGCCCAGUACGAAGCCAUCACAGACAGACAUCGCCGUGACCAAGAGGCCUGGUUUAAUGAAAAGUCAGCAGCUCUCUCAAAGGAAGUGGCCAUCAGCACAGAAACAAUCCAGACAACAAAGACAGAGAUCAGUGACCUACGGCGUACAUUGCAGGGGCUAGAGAUUGAGCUACAGUCGCAACUGAGCAUGAAAGGAGCAUUGGAGAACACGUUAGCAGAGACAGAGGCCCGGUAUAGCGCCAUGCUAGCUGGCUUCCAGAAUACUAUCAACAUGCUGGAAGGAGAACUCGCCAACGUCCGCGCAAGCAUCGAGCAACAGGGGCAGGACUACAGGAUGCUACUGGACAUCAAAACGAGGUUGGAACAGGAGAUCGCAACCUACAGGAAACUAUUGGAGGGAGAGGAAUCCAGACCUAUUGGAGGAGGCACGACCACAGUUACCACCACAACCGUGCGCAGUUCCAGUUAAAACAUCCAGCUGGCAGGACAGGCUGUACUCAGACACACUCACAUUUACGAUCCAGAUAUGCACCCUCCCCCAGUAUGAAAGCUGUUACAUGGGAUGAAAAAACAGAGCUCCAAAAGUCUGAAAAAUGUUUAACUUUUGUCAAACUUUUCAAAACAAAUGUCCAAAUGAAGUGCAGUGCUGUGUGACUGAAAUAAAAACUGCUGGUGAAAACUAA